GGUAAUCUGGGUAGUUCCGCUUUGCCUGGAGGUCAUUUGCGAACUUAUGUUGUCAUGUUGAACUGUAUUUUGUGAAUCGUCCCACUGGUUUACUAUUGUAUGGGUUUUUGUAAAAUCUGAAACUAGAGGCAACAGACCGUGGAGGAUGUCUCAUGACUCUUCAAGAUCCGAGACCGAUCAGGGCCCGUCGGCCGUGGGCUACAUUCUGACGGAGGAGGAGAAGAGGGUUUGGCGCGAAUGCCAACAGGAGAGUCUGUGGCAGAGGUCUCUCCCUUUUUCUGCGCUGAGCAUGGCCGUAACCAAAGUUCUCAUUUCCAAAGGGGUCGUGAGGAGCACCGGCAGGUAUGGAUCGGUGAGCAAAGUGGCCGUCAUGGGGCUGUUAGGAUUAAUAGCAGGGAAGAUUUCCUAUACGAGUGUUUGCCAAGAGAAGUUUAAGAACCUGGAGAAUUCCCCUGUGGGAGAAGCUAUUCGACUGGCACAGCAGAAACGCACUAACGGGGCGUCUCAGAGCCAGUCAGGGUUGGAGGACGACGGCCAGCCCCCUUCACAGCCCGGGCAGCCCGGCCCCAGCCAAUCAUACGCCGACUUCUCCUACAGUGACUCCGCCUACCAACCCACCAUCAGCUCUGUGAACCCUGACUCCGCCCUCAGCGAGUCAGUCCCCUCUUGGGCAGACGAUGACAUCAGUUUGCCAGCCCCUUCCUACCUGGAGGAAGAGAAACCAAAGAAGAAGAGCAUCUUCUACAAGGACCUUCGCAACAAGAACCGAGAGAACUACGAGGUCACCAUGACUCAGAAGGCUGGGGUGCUGCUCAAACCCGCCCCAGACCGCGCCCAGCCAAGCCAGGAGGUGAAAAAAAACAUCUAUGGCGACUCCUGGGAAGAGUGAGAGGUUUUUGGAGGGAAGGAUGGAGGCAGAGAAAGAGAGAGCUUUCUCUCACUCCAGGAGAAGACACCCGGGGCCUGUGUCACAAGCGCAGCCUGGAGCCAAAAUGGCUGCCUCUUCCUCUGCUGCUCACUUACCUGUGUCUGUUUCUACUUGGAGCCAAAAUGGCCACCUCUUCCCCAGCUGCUCACACGGCUGUAUUUGUUUGUAGUGCUAAGAAAUGUGAACGUGAUGCAGUUGUACAGAAUCUUCGUUAUUAAACCAAAUUGGUUUGAGAA